AUGGUCAACUCCUGUUGUGGCUCUGUCUGCUCUGAGGAGGGCUGUGGCCAAGGCUGCUGCCAGCCCAGCUGCUGCCAGCCCAGCUGCUGCCGCCCCAGCUGCUGUGUUUCCAGCUGCUGCAGGCCCAGCUGCUGUGUGUCCAGCUGCUGCAGACCAUCUUGCUGCAUCUCCAGCUGCUGCCGCCCCUGCUGUGGCAGUUCCAGCUGUUGUGGAUCCAGCUGCUGCCGCCCCAGCUGCUGCAUUUCUAGCUGCUGCAGGCCUUCCUGCUGCCGCCCCAGCUGCUGUGUGUCCAGCUGCUGCAGACCCAGCUGUGGCAGUUCCAACUGUUGUGGAUCUAGCUGCUGCCGUCCCAGCUGCUGCAUUUCUAGCUGCUGCAGGCCUUCCUGCUGCCGCCCCAGCUGCUGUGUGUCCAGCUGCUGCAGGCCCUCUUGCUGCAUCUCCAGCUGCUGCCGCCCCUGCUGUGGCAGUUCCAGCUGUUGUGGAUCCAGCUGCUGCCGCCCCACCUGUUGUAUUUCUAGCUGCUGCCGCCCCAGCUGUUGCCAGACCACCUGCUGCCGCCCCAGCUGUUGUGUGUCCAGCUGCUGUAGACCCCAGUGCUGCAUCUCCAGCUGCUGCCGCCCAGCAUGCUCUAGCAGUUCUUGCUGCUGA